GGUGUUGGUGAAAACAAAGAAAGGGAAAGAAAGUUUAACAGAGCGUCUGAUAAGAAAAGAAGACCUCAACAACAGAUAGAUAGAUGCUACUACUGCUAUCUAGAAACGUAACUCAUUGAAGAGUCCGCCUUUUCAUUGGUUUGGGGAUUCUUUUAUCUCUUUCCCUUUCCUUUUCUUGAGCUGCUUCUUAAGCAUUCAUGGUGGGUGUGUCUGUGUGCACGUUAAUUUAACCUGCGCCCACUUCGCGCUCUCACCCCAUUCAUAUUCAUUUCUUUCAUUCAUUCAUACACUUCUUGUUAGUAUAUCUCUCCCUCUCUCUGUCCUUCUCUUUAGCUCUCUAUCUAUACUCUCUCAUCUGCCAAUCUUUUACCCCCAUCUCUCUUUCUAUUUAUAUCUCUCUUUCUCUUUUUUUUUUUACAAUUCAAUCUUUCUAGUCUCUUCCCCCCCUCCAAUUGUUCAUUUUUAUAAACUCAAUCGAUGGCUGUUCAAGCUCAAUACCCAUCUAAUCUUUUGCUCCUAAACAGGAACGGGCAAGAUAGAAAGAACUCACUUGGAAAUGAUUAUUCUUUACAACAACAACAAUCGGGGGCAUUUCAUGAUCAAUCUCAUCAUAUGUUUCUCAAUAGUAAUACUACCAACAAUGGAGUGGGCUCUAAUAAUAAUUCUCGGAAAAGAGGAAGAGAAACUGUUAAUGGAGGUAAUAUGCCAAUCAAUUUAUUCUCUCUGCAACAACAAUCUCAAACUCAAACUCAAACUCAACCAACGCUUGUAAAUAUUGCCCACCUUCAAAAUCAGCAACAACACAACAAUAUUGUUUCUACUGGUCUUCAAUUAGCAUUUGGAGAGCACCACCAACAACAAGUUCAGCAUCAUCAACAACAGAAUCUAGUUCAUCAAUCUUCGUCAUCUUCAUCUCUUUCAUCUUUAUUGACAGAUGAUUUUUCUGUCCAAUUGAAUCAACAAAGGGAUGAAAUUGAUCAAUUCAUUAAAGCCCAGGGAGAUCAGUUGAGGCGUACUUUAGCAGAGAGAAGGCAAAGACACUAUCAUGCGCUGCUGGGUAUUGCAGAAGAGUCGGUAUCAAAAAGACUGAGAGAAAAAGAAGCGGAAAUGGAAAAAGCUGUUCGUAAAAAUUCAGAGUUAGAAGCGCGAGUGGCACAACUUAGAGCAGAGGCGCAAAGUUGGCAAGCAAAAGCAAAAUCACAAGAAGAAACGGCAGUAAAUUUACAGACACAGUUACAACACGCUAUAAUGAACGGUAGUGGUGGUGCACAGGAUAUUAAGAGAGAUACUGAAAGUGUAAUAUUAGGAUGUGCCGGCGGUGGUGGUGGCGAAGCUGAAGAUGCUGAGUCAGCUUACAUUGACCCAGAGCGAGUCGUACCCAUAUCGGUGUCGUCUACUGCUACUUCGUUAGUUGGACCGAGCUGUAAAGCGUGUCGAAGACGAGUCGCGUCGGUUGUUCUCCUUCCGUGCCGGCAUUUAUGUCUUUGUACGGAAUGCGAUACUGCUGUGGAAGCUUGUCCUCUUUGCCUCUCUUACAGAAGUGCUAGUGUCGAAGUAUUUCUGUCCUGAAUAGAAAAAGCCCCCUUAAUGUGGAUUUUGAAGUGCCCAAUUCAUCAAAAUCGAUAGAAUUUAUAACGAUGGUGAUUCUAAAAAUAAAAAUAAAAUUCAGAACCGAAAAAACAAAACAUAGUUUUUUUCUAAAUAAAAAAAAUUAGAAGACUUAAAUUUUGGAUCUUUUUGAUGAAGGAAUCAAUGUAAAUGGGUCGUGGUGAUUCCUGAUUUUAUUUUAUUUUCGAGUUCCAAAAAUGUAUUAUAAAAUCAUGCAUAAAUUCUUUAAUUUAGACUUUAUUCCGA